AUGGAACUUGAAAAAGAAGUUGGAACAGUGACAAACCCCAAACUAUCAGCUAAUAACUGCAUCAAAAUGAUGCUGGAAGGCAAGCCCACUCUUCUUGCAACCCAGUGGAAACCAAGACACCUCCUCAAUAUGCAAGUCCUGAUAAACAGCAAGGCCACAAAGCUGCUCCCUUUCAGCUGGUCCUUCAUGAGAUUCCAAGAGGAGGACAUUGUCAAAUCUAGUGACAUUCUAUGGUACAAACAGAGAAUUAGUAAAACUAACUACUCAUCAGAGGAGGAGGAGACAUUGAGUGCUCACUCAGAUGACAAAGAAGACUGA